UCCCCAAGCCAAUGAAUUUGGCAGAAUGACAUUUCUUCUUUAUCAAUGACUUGGCUCACUGGAGAUGGGAAGAGAGACAUCAGCCUAGUAGGAGCCAAACAUUCUGGAUUGUACCUGUCAGUCUAUCACUUCAUGUUUUUGCUUUGCUAAUUCUAACACAGUUUUUAUUCUAUUUUUACAUUAUAUACACUACUGCUUGCUUCAUACACAUACCACUCUCUACUUUAAGUACUCAUUUUACAAUAACACUUAUUUGAGGACUUCCUUCUACUGACCCCCUUAGAUUUUUCUCCCUUACCUAACCUUUUUUUGGGGGUGCUGCAAGAGAAGGAACUGAUGGAUAAUUGUAUGUAUAUUAUCUCUUAGACUAGUUCAGAUUGCAUUUUAAUCUACGAUUUGUUUUAUUUUUUUGUGUGUAUAUGUUUGUAUAAGCUUUUUCUGUGAAAGAGCAGCUUUUAGGAACGUUGUAUAGUUAAAAAGAAAGGUUGAUUUGCCUAUUUAAAAAAAAAAAAAAAAAAGAUUAAAAUAUGAAGAUGAUUUUAGUUCGCAAAUUUAGGGUUUUGAUAUUAAUGAUUUUUCUGGUGGCUUGCACAAUGCAUAUUAUGAUAGAUUUAUUACCAAAGUUGGAGAAGAGAGCAAUAAGCAGUGAUGGAGAUUUGGGAUGCUCUUGUACCCAUAACACCAAUGAGGAGUCACAGGGCUGGGUAAAACAGAGACCCAAGAACACAGCAGAAACUGGCUGGCCUAACAAGCACACCUUGAGGAUUCUCCAAGAUUUCAGCAGUGACCCAAGCUCCAAUCUCACAUCCCACUCCUUGGAGAAAAUCACAGGGAUCGUAGACAAAAAUGAACCUUUUAAAAAGCUGGAACAGCGUGAGAUGAUCAAAGAUUUUCAUAGGAAACAGCUGAUCCAAGAUGGAAUCAUAAACAAAAUGCAUCCUGGUUCAGGAUACUCCAAACUGGCUGCCCUGUUUCAGCAUCCUCUCUACAGAAGUGCUGUCCCUCCUUUGACAGAAGAUGAUGUGUUAUUUAAUGUUAACACUGAUAUCAGAUUUAACCCUAAAGCUGCUGAAAACCCAGAAUGGCAAAAUGGAGCUAAUGAAGGGAAUGAUGAAGAAGAAUUUCUACCCACUGGAGAAGCACAUGUAGAGUCUUAUCCAAACUGGUUAAAAUUUCACGUUGGCAUUAAUCGAUACGAGCUAUAUUCUAGACAGAAUCCUGCUAUCAGCAGUUUGCUUCAAGACCUUACCACUCAGAAAAUCACCAGUGUUUCGAUGAAAUCUGGAGGUACACAAUUGAAGCUCAUCAUGACUUUCCAAAACUAUGGUCAAGCUCUUUUUAAACCCAUGAAGCAAACAAGGGAACAAGAAACACCACCUGAUUUCUUCUACUUUUCGGACUAUGAGCGACACAAUGCUGAAAUAGCGGCCUUUCACUUGGACAGAAUUCUAGAUUUUCGGCGUGUCCCACCUGUUGCUGGCAGACUGGUAAACAUGACCAAAGAAAUAAGAGAUAUCACUCGAGACAAGAAGCUGUGGAGAACUUUCUUCAUCUCACCAGCAAACAACAUCUGUUUUUAUGGGGAAUGUUCAUACUACUGCUCAACAGAACAUGCGCUUUGCGGGAAGCCGGACCAGAUAGAAGGUUCCUUAGCAGCUUUCCUACCCGACUUGUCUCUAGCUAAAAGGAAGACUUGGAGGAAUCCAUGGAGACGAUCCUACCAUAAACGCAAAAAAGCAGAGUGGGAAGUUGAUUCCGAUUAUUGUGAAGAAGUUAAACAGACCCCACCCUAUGACAGUGGUACAAGACUCCUAGACCUCAUCGAUAUGACCAUAUUUGACUUCUUAAUGGGUAAUAUGGAUCGUCAUCAUUAUGAGACCUUUGAGAAAUUUGGGAAUGAGACAUUUAUUAUUCACUUGGAUAAUGGAAGAGGAUUUGGAAAAUAUUCGCAUGACGAGCUCUCUAUCCUGGUACCAUUGAAUCAAUGCUGCAGGAUUAAGAAAUCAACUUACCUGCGAUUACAGAUGCUCGCAAAAGAAGAAUACAAAUUGAGCAACUUGAUGGAUGAGUCUUUGUCAAUGGAUAAAGUUGCUCCUGUCCUAUUUCAGCCUCAUCUAGAAGCAAUGGAUAGAAGACUACGGAUUGUUCUUCAGGCUGUCAAUGAUUGCAUAGAAAAAUAUAAUUACAAUAGUGUAGUUGAAAAUGAUUUGGACUCUGACUUGAGCAACAAAACGACCAAGAGGUAGUGACUCAAGAAUUGUCCCUCAACUGCAAUCUAGCUGACAUGGUCUUGCAAAAGACUGUUUAUGAUUUGGUGUGAAUUCAAUGAAUUCAGGUGUAAGAUGUAAUUGUUCCCGCUGUAGACAAACUCUAGUAAAUCAAGAAGGAUUAGAUAAUAAGAAUUCUGUAUUAUAAGUAGAUUGCAUAUGGAUGGGCUUAAAAAUAUGGUCAAAGACCUGCAGCACAUGUUUGGGUUGUAAGCAUAUCCUGUCCUUCUUGUACAGAUAGGAGGCCUUUAUUUAAAUUUUUUUGUAUUUAUAUAUGGCAUAUAUAUAUAUAUAUAAAAGAUUAUCUACCUACUACUUUUUAAAACAAAGAAAAAAAGGGACACUAUAGUUUUAUCUACCCAACAUACUGACACUACUCAGUAAUGCCUGGAAGUGAAUUUCAACCCAUUUUCUUAUUUUGCAAUGAGGACAUUUUUAACUAUCGUCUGUUUUGAUCCUUUGAGUGACAGAGAGGGAUGAACCACAUGUCAAUGCAAAGAACCCAGCACUCCGGCAGUCAAAGUAUGAGUCAUUCUAUACCAAAAGGGUGCAACAUUUCAAUACGAAGGGUUCCUUAUGAGAGGUUGACUUGAACUAUGCCAUUAUGAAGAAAAAAAUUUAACAAAACACAGCGGGUCUGGCUGUCUUGAUGGUCAUUGGAAGAGCCACUGCCUUCCCAAAUUUGCUUUUAAAUAAAUUUGUGUAUAUAUUGUAUAUACAUGGAUAACAGCUGCUAUUUGUAGCUGAAGCUUUAUUGCGCAGCAGGGUUAUUUUUAUGUUAUUUUUGUGAAUUGUUUGCCGCGUGGUAAGAGUGCAAUAAAAAAAACAGGAUACAUACAACAUGUGUAUUUAAGUAUUUAUUUGCUUAACCAAUGGGCCAUGCUGUGAUUAACGGGCAAUGGACAAUGCUCAUAUUUCAAAUACAUCCUGAAGAAUGUAUAUUGGAUUGAGAGGCAAGCUUCCAUCUUGUCAUAGUCCAGAUUAAUUUAUCAUUAACUUUUAUAAGAAAGUAUCAACAUAUAAUUAUUAAAGGGGUGC